AUGUACAGCCGGCGUUCGCACCGGAACUCGCAUCACGGGUGCCGCGAGUGCAAGGAGAGGAGAGUCAAGUGCGACGAGACGCAGCCACGCUGUCUGCGCUGCAAGUCCAAAGGCCGCAAAUGCACCUACACACACUUGCUGUCGCAGUACAACCCGUUCGAUCCUCAUCAGAACCAGGCAACAACUCCGAGCCUCACUUCGCCGCAGCAGCAGCCCCUGAUAUGCCGCGCGAACAGGAUCUCGGCGCCCGGCGGUGGCAAUAGCAAUACUGUCUCGUUCUGGGACAUGUCCCUGCUGGACGAGGGCGGCGAGAUUUUCCACCAUUACGUGCACGUCGUGACCAUCACGGACCCGACGCACCGCGUAUCAGAAGGCUUCUGGCGCUGGGACAAAGCCGUCCAGGCCUUUGCGCCGUCUCACGACUUCCUCUAUUACGCCGUGCUCACCUUCGCCUCACUUCACCGCUCCGAGUUGUACCAGCGCUGCAUCAACAACAAAAGCAACAGCAAUGCUGCCGCGGCGGCGUCAGCACGCCAGCAGCGUGACCAUCUCGUCGCUCUCGCGUCCGCGUACCAGAGCCGUGCCAUAGCCAGCUUCACGCCCGCAGUCACCGAGAUGCAACGCGCUCAGAAGCGGAACAAGGGACUGGCAGUCCGUAAGGAUGAAGUUGGCAGCCAGAAUGCCAGUGCGACGGACGCAGUGCUGACCUGCUCGUCCCUCAUCCUCGCCGCGGCAUUCGCCUUCCCGCCCGCACCGGGUCAGGACAUGAUCGACCGGGCACGCCAAGUAAUCCAUCUCUUCUUAGGGACGUUCGCGCUGUACGAGCGCGCGUGGGAAGAGGAUGACGACGGCGAAAACCGAGGGCCCUCGCCCUCGCCCUCGCCUACCACCUCAUCCUUCGCCGCCGGCGGCACCAGCGACAUCGGGGCCUACGUCCGCGACCGCGUGCGCGCCGGCGAAGAGCUAGGCGACGGCCUGCCCGCGCCCGAAGCAGAAGCGUCGCUGGAGCGCGUCGUCGACGCCGUCCUGCUCCGCGCCGCCACCUCCUCCAACACCAACACCUCUGCACAAUCCUCCUCCUCCUCCUCCAACUCCUACUCCUGCUCCACCUUCCUCGCCAUGCUCAACCCCACCCUCCUCUACCAAUCUCCCUUGUCCCCCUCAUCCUCCUCCUCCCCUUCCUCCCCACCACCACCACCGCUAGACCCUUCCUCCCCCCUCCCCACCUUCCUACCCCCCAUCCAAGCCCUCCGCCUCCUCUUCCGCCGCCUCCAAGCCCGCCCCGCCCUGCACACCAUCGCCCUACGCUGGCCCGCGCACCUGCCGCGCAGCUUCCUCGCCGCGCUCGAGCGUGAUGGUAGGGGUAGGAGCAGGGACCCGCUCGCGCUCGUCGUCCUGGCGCACUGGGCGCGCUGCCUCGCCGGCUUCACGCACCUGUGGUGGAUCAGCCAGUGGGGGGCCAAGGUCGUGCGGGCGGUGGCGGCGGAGGUGCUUGGGAGAGGUGAUGAUGUUGGCGGCGGCGGAGGGUUGGGCGGUGAGGCUUCUUCUUCCGGAGUGGUUGAAGGAGGGGAGGAGGAGGGCUGGGCGGAGACGACGCUGGCCGCCGGAAGUGGGUCCGUGGGACGAGAGAGGAGCGGCGGCGGAGCGGGAGGGUCCGGUGGGAUGAGGGUGGUGGCGGAGGCGGCGGAGGCGGCGGGUGAGACGGGCGGUGGAGCGGUGGCGGCGGCGGCGGCUGCGGAAGCGAACGCCUGGCGUGCUUGCUUGGAGUGGCCGGUGCGAGGACUUGGCGAUGCAGAAGCCGCCUGCUGGUAUCGGUGA